CAGAGCUGAAGCACAGCGCUGCGCCUUUAAUUCCCGGGUUUGGGGGAGGGCGGUGGAGAGAAUUUCCGCUCCUCCCACUCCCUCCCCAGCCCUGGUGGCAGUUGUCACCUGUCAGGCGAGCACCGCGCGCGGGGGAUGGAGCCCGGCGCCCACUGGACAGAAUAAAGAGGCAGAGACCUACCCCGAAGCCUGGGGGCCCAGAGGGGUGGCGGGGGUGGGCGCGCGCCGGCGCCCCCAGAGCCUUUCUCCAGGAGACACUCGGAGUCCGCGGCGCGGGCGCGACCAAGGUCCAGCAUCGGGGACACGCCCGACCGGCCCCGGUGAGCCUGGCCCAGGCUGAUGUGACUUCCGGGAUCCUGCUCAGGCGCGGCCCCGACGCCCACCUGGCCCAGCAGCCUGGGGUGGGAGGCGGCGGCCCCGGCUCCCCCGCGCGGCGCGCGCUGACCAUGGCCCUGGCCGCGGCCGCGGCCGCUGCGGCGGCCGGGGUGAGCCAGGCGGCGGUGCUGGGCUUCCUGCAGGAGCACGGCGGAAAGGUGCGCAACUCGGAGCUGCUGAACCGCUUCAAGCCGCUGCUGGAUGCGGGUGACCCGCGCGGCCGCGCCGCCCGCAGGGACCGCUUCAAACAGUUUGUCAACGACGUGGCCGUGGUGAAGGAGUUCGACGGCGUUAAGUUCGUGGUGCUGCGGAAGAAGCCGCGGCCCCGCGAGGGACCAGAACCCCUGCCCUCCUGCGUCCUCAGCACCUCCCCGGCAGCAGCCGCGCCGUCGAAGCUCGCUUCCUCCUCAUCGGGGCAGGCCGCUGCCGCAGAGGCUCCAGCACUGGCCUCGGCACAGCGGUCCGUGGAGCCACCCGAGGACCCAGCCCUGCCAUCGCAGCCACCGGACGCCCGCCGGCCUCUGGCCUCCGAGCCCGCUCAGCCGACUGGGGCGCUGUUGUCUGGCGCAGCCCAGCAGUCAGGGGAGCCCUCCGGCGCUCGGAUUCCAGCCUUUGAGCUAGUCCAGCCCUCCGAGGAACUCCCUGCAGAUGUGUCCCCACCGUCUAAGGCACUGUCGUCGGCGGCCUUGUCCCACCCAGAGGCGUCAGACCCGGAACCUGGGUCUGGGGAGACAAAAGGGCCUCCACCACCCCGUCCGCGCUCGCCGCCGAAGCCCUGCAUGCUGCCUGUGCGCUGCGUCCCGGGCCCCGCCGCGCUCCGGAUCCGGGCGGAGGAGCAGGGCCUGCGCCGGCAGCUGUCGGAAGAGCCGAGCCCGCGGAGCUCCCCGCUGCUGCUUCGGAGGCUCUCCGUAGAGGAGUCCGGCCUGGGCCUCGGCCUCGGUGCGGGCCGCUCCCCGCACCUGAGGCGCCUGUCGCGCGCCGGCCCGCGCCUGCCGAGCCCCGACACGGAGGAAGUGCCUGCUGCGCCGCCGCCGUCCCCCGUGCCCCUAGAGCCGGCCGAGCACGAGUGGCUGGUGCGGGCGGCCGGUGGCCGCUGGACUCACCAGCUGCACGGGUUGCUGCUGCGCGACAGCGGCCUGGCGGCCAAGCGCGACUUCAUGUCUGGCUUCACGGCCCUGCAUUGGGCCGCCAAGAGCGGUGACCGCGAGAUGGCGCUGCAGCUGGUGGAGGUCGCGCGGCGUGGGGGCGCGCCAAUCGACGUGAACGCGCGUUCACACGGCGGCUACACGCCACUGCACCUGGCGGCACUGCACGGCCACGAGGACACCGCGGUGCUGCUGGUGGUGCGCCUGGGUGCGCAGGUGCACGUGCGUGAUCACAGUGGGCGGCGCGCCUACCAGUACCUGCGGUCCGGCGCCUCGUAUGCGCUGCGUCGUCUACUCGGCGACCCUGGUCUGCGAGACUUUACCGAACCUGACGCCACCGCUGGUGGUAGUGGCAGUCUUGCGGCCCGGCGUCCAGUGCAGGUGGCAGCCACCAUCCUCAGUUCCACCACCAGCGCGUUUCUGGGUGUCCUGGCCGACGACCUGAUGCUCCAGGACCUGGCUCGAGGCCUCAGGAAGUCGGGCUCCCUCAGCAAGUUCUUGGGUGCCUCACCCAUAGCUCCUCGUAAAAAGUCAAAGACUCGGAGUGGCUUGCCGGCCUUUUCAGAAAUCUCUCGUCGACCCACUGCGGGGCCCCUUGCCGGUCUAAUGCCCAGCCUGCCCCCCACAGCCUGACGGUCCUUGGGGCUACUGCUUGGUAGAUCUAACCGGGCCUGCCCCUCAUGAUCUAAGCCUGCCCAAGCCGGCGCCCCAACCACGUGUGGCUCUAUCCUGUUUCCAGCUUUGUCCACUGCUGCCUGUUUUACCCAGAUGGGCCUAUGCUUCUAGCUUCUGUGUGAAGCUUGCCCUCCUCUCUCCAGAGAUGAGAUCCAAGAUCUCAGGGAGAGCCUCACUAUGAAGAAUUCCAGAAAUCAGGCUUGAACUCUGAAGGCUUGACAUUUAGGAUGAAAGGUUAAGGGGCCCCUGAGUGAGUUCACCAACCAAUGCCUCUGCCUCUAAAACACUCCCAAGCCAGAAUUCCAGCAAGGGUCUUGAAAUGUUGAAUGAUGUUGGAUUGUCAGCUUUAAGAUAUGUAAUGGUUUUUGUAAUUUGAUGCUUUUAUCCAGUUUUUAAAUUGAAAUGAGGUAAAACAAUUUUCAUAAUAACCUUUUGAAAUUAUAUUUUUCCAUUGUUAAGCAAAAUGCUAAGAAAUUUUCAAUCUUUUGUUAAAUAUUUUGGAAUUCUAUUUUAAAGAAGUAGAUGAUCAAGAUCUAAAGGUAUUUGGUCCCAAUCAACAAAACCCUUAAAUGUUUAUCUACCUCAUUUUAGGCAAUCAAGGUUCUGGAUAGGGAGUCUUGAACACAGAAUGUGACCAUUGUGAAUGUACUUAAUUUCAGUUGUACUGUGAAUGCUAAAUUGUAGGAAACAAGUACAUCUUGGGAGUAAGGUGAUUUAACAAGGAAAGAAAAGGGGACAUUUUGGCAAAUACUUUUAAUUUGUGGUUGUCUUUAUGGUGAAAUAUAAAUGUGUCUUUGGCACUAGUGGGUGGCUACUUUGAUUUGGCAUGAAUAUUUUAAUUUUUUUAAAGUGUGAUUUAUUUGUGGAUUGCACCAUUGUGCCAUGUUUCUGAAUCUGUGGUUUUCAAAUCAGGCUGAGCCUUUCAGUGCAUUAGGUGAAUAUUCAAAGGAAAAACAAUGUCAUAAUAUUACAGCAAAAAAACACACAAAAAACUGGUCAAACAAUAAUGGAUACACUUAAGCAACCAUUUUAUAAGAAAGUUCCGUACAAGCAAAAAUUAUGUGGUAACCACUUUAAAAACCAUCUGAAGGCAAACAACUUAUUCCAAAAUAGCAACUGUAGAAUUUCUUUGCACAGUGACCUUAGAGUGGCAGCUUAACUUUUCUGGACCUUUACUCCUGUCUGUAAUUGAGAAUGUUUGUAGGUCUUGCCCAGAUUUCCCAGGUUCAAUUAGAAUGGCUCUUUUGCUGUUUUAAAGGUGUGGAAUCUAUUUGCUCAGCCAACCUUGUUUAUAUCAUAUUGUGGUAAUGCUGUACUUUUGCAAAUCGUGUUUGCAUGUCAUUAGUUACAUCAAAUGGUUUUUGUUGCACAGGGCAGUGGGGCUCCCCUGCUAUCUAUACAUAUAUCAGAUUUAAAUUUAAUUUAAGAUUUUAAUUAAAUAUUAGAUUUAAGUAAUGAAA